CGCAAACAUGACUUUUUGUUUUGACAUCUGUAUUGCACAACAAAAUAUUUUUUCUCCAAUGUUCGGUCGUGUCGGUGAUUCAUACACAAAAUAGUAUUUAUCGCGAGUGACGCUACUGUAUCACAACAUUACGAUAAAUUUGCUCUCAGAGAAGACGUGUCCGUGCAUUUUAAAGUUUUGUGUUAAUACAUUUGUUAAUUUGCAGGAUCGCUAUGGAAGAUCAAGUUCCGUUCAAAGUUUUUGCUUUUUGGAAUAAUGAUUCCAAACCAGAGGUGCGCCGUUUCGGGGUGGACAAGUCAGUGGUGACAAGUUUCCACUAUCUCAAUGCUAAACUUCAAGAUGUUUAUCCUGGACUAAGGGGAAAGACUUAUUCUGUUAGUUGGAAAGAUGAGGAUGGAGAUGAUGUAACUAUUUCUUCUGAUGAAGAGUUGAUGACUGCUUUGACAGCAUUAUAUGGGAACCUUGUUAGGUUGAACCUUUAUGUGAAGUGUGAUAGCCCUAAAGAAGAAGUAUGUGACAUCAUAUUUACCUCUAACCAAGCUGAGACCACUCCUGUUUUCGAUCCCUGCUCACCAUCACACUAUGGAGUGGUCUGUGAUGGCUGUGACAAUCCAGUUGUGGGUUUCCGCUACAAGUGCACCUCUUGCGAAGACUAUGACUUGUGUUCCAAGUGUGAGUCAUCAGGUCUACACCCUGAACACUGCAUGGUGCGAGUGCCAUCCCCUGUGAUGCCUCGUCAUCUUAUCAAGGCAGCUAUCAAGAGGUCUCGCCACUUUUUGAAGACUGUCGCUGGUGCUACGGCUGAUAACCAUAACAAGAGGCAUAGGCGCGACAGGAGCGGCGACAGACACCAUUACGGAGAUCGUCAUCACCAUGACCAGAAUAGAGGUGACCAUCAUCGCCGGCCGCGUACCAGCUGGCUCGAGACCUUCACCACUUACAUGAACGAAUUUGCCAACUUAGCUGGCGACGUCGGCGUCGAUACUGAUCAAUCCAAACCGUCUGAUUCGAAGACUCAACAGGAUCAGCAACAACCUCCCAAAACUGCUCCUGAAAAUUCUAAAACUCCUCCAAAACAAGCUGAGUCUUCAACCUCCAAACCUAAUAUGCCUCAAUGUCCUUUUGCACCAGGCAUGGAAAACUUACCAAAACUUAUUGAGGCCUAUUUCAAUGGAACACUGUUGUCACAAUCCCAACCAUCUGAUCCAAAGACGCAGCAGCCGAAAACUGCUCCCGAAAACCCUGAAGAUGCUCCAAAACAAGCCGAGCCUUCCACCUCGAAACCUAACAUUCCUGAAUGUCCCUUUGUACCAGGCAUGGAAAAUUUACCAAAAUUGAUUGAGGCCUAUUUCAAUGGAACACUGUUGUCACAGUUGCAGCAACAGGCUCAACCUACAGCCCAAACAACAUCUGGUGUAAAUACACCCAAUGCCAAUGACAAUGAUGUAGAGAUGGCUCAAUCAGAGCCCAAACCACAGGAAACAGAUAAAGUGAGUGUUAAGUCAGAGGAUUCAGCUUCUGGUAGUACUAGGAUCGUAAAGGAUGCAUCUCCUGAAAAAUUUGAAGGAUGGACUGUGAUCAACAAGGAUAAAGACUUGAUGGAUGGAGAUGAUAAGCCUUCUGCCCCUGCUGAACCUUCGCCUCCGAUUGGUUUCAAUCUGCCUGAAGAGUUUCGGCAACACGUCAGUAUCAGUGAAGGUCAGAGCCUCUAUCCGCCACUCCAUGCUGCUGCUGCAGAGCCGGGCACGCCUCUGAAGCCUCAGCCAGCUAAACCGACGGAACCUCAAGCAAGCCAAGCUUCUUUGGAUGCUAACAACUCUCAACCCCAACCUAAACAGGCAGCUCCCAAACCCCGGCCACAUCCAAAAGCGCACAUCGAAGCUGCUAUCAAGCAAAUGAUAGCCAUGGGAUUCACCAAUGAAGAAGGUUGGCUGACACAGCUCCUCGAGAGCGCAGACGGGAAUAUUGCGGCAGUCGUGGACCUUCUGACGCCUGCCAAACCUAAAUAAAUAUCGUCUUUGUGUCUAUUCGCAUGCAAUGCAAAUAAGGUCGAUAAUAGGACAAUCUCUUGCGCUGAUAUGGCCGGAGGUUGCUGUAUUAUUAGCCUUGCCAUAGCAUUUUGCAAUUAAUAGAAUUAGACUGGCUUCGAUUCUGCAUUUUUCAUUUCACUUGUAAUCAGACAACGACGUAGUAAUUAUGUUCCAUUGUCAUUUACAGUUUCAUUACUUUUGUAGUUUGUGUUGUGUAUUUUUCAUGCCG